AAAGAAAAAUGAAUUGAAAUACGAAUUAAAUAAUAAUUUUCAAUAAAUAAUAAAAUAUUGAAAAUGAGUAGCAACGUGAAUUUUUAUUUUAAAGUAUCUUUUUUUUACGUGAUCAUAAGUUUUGAUUUGUGCCUGAGUGGAGGGAUAUCUUCUAAGAUUGACUUUGGCCAAUAUGAAGGACGAAGGCAGGAACCGAAUUUUAAUAGUGGAACUUUGAAGGCAGUUAUUGAUGGAAAUCGCGGUUUCUCACAGCAGGGGCAAAGAGGGACGAAUUAUGACGCUAAUUCGUUUUCAAGAAGAGGACAAGCAAAUACAGGACGUAACAAUGGGAAUAAUAGGGCAGUAAUGAAUUAUGUAAGGGUGUUUAUGAAUGGGCAAAACCCAAAUCCUUGUGAGGAAGAUUCUUGCAAUUUGACACUUGUAAAAAGACAGCUUGGAAGUGGAGGAGUUUUAACGAAAGUGUAUAUCAAUAUGGACGAAUCGCAAAUAGACACUGAAGCCGGAGAAGCAAUAACGAUUAAACUUAUUCAUUUAUCUCAGGGUGGAUCACAAUAUGGCUCAUCAAGAAAUUUUCCUCAAAACGGUUCCUGCGGUCCAGAUGGUCCCUACGGUCCAGAUGGUCCCUACGGUCCAGAUGGUCCAUACGGUCCAAAUGGUUCAAAUGGUUCAAAUUGUUCAAAUUGCCCAAAUGGUCCCAAUGGCUCAAAUGGUUCAAUUGGUCUAAAUGGCCAAAAUUAUCCAAUUGGAGGAAAUGGGCCAAUGGCUCAAAAUGGCCCAACUAAUCGAAAAUGUUCCUCUUGUGCGACAAAUUCACAAGGUUGUAAUUCGGGAAAUUGUCCGUCUGAAAACUCUUCAAACCAACGACAAUUUUAUAAUUCUCAUCACCCAAUUUCUGUCAAUCAUCAAGCAAGCUCUGGAGCACUUUCAGAACCUGCUAUGAAUUUUGGAAGACCUCCUGGGAUUCGUUUUUAUCCCCAGAGACCAGAAUCUCAACCAUCAUCGCCGUAUCAUGGUCCAGCAGCAACAAUAAUUUCGAAAGGAAUCGUUGAUGAUAAGAUUGAAUUUCCAUUGAGUAAAACACAACAUUAACACAACAUAAUGAAAUAACAUUCUAGGCUGCAAUCAACUAGAUAUCAAUUUUUUAUUUUUAAUAAAAACCAAUAGGGCGUCAAAAUAAUUAUUUUGAGUUUGUUUCCGGAAGUAAAGAUUAUAAUUUUUAGUUCAGGAAACAAACUUUUUUUUUCAAAACAAAUUUUUUUUCUUUUAGACAUUUUUUAAACUUUUUUUCUUAUUUGUCAAACAUCAUCACAUUUUCAAGAUGCUUGAUCAUUAAUAUUUAAAUACUAGCAUUUUAAUCUUGUAAAACUAUAAACAUAGAAUCUU